GUUAGUAGUUGUGUACUAAAAAGUUUGACAGGUGCAGCGUGUUUUGUUUACAACUAACGAAAGAAAAGAGAAUAUCGCGUGAAUUUUGCAAAUUUGUGAUAAAAUUCUGUAUUUCACGUGAAAAAUGUCUUCAGAUAACGAGGGUAGUGUGCACAGGGAUGCCCACAAUACAUCAGAUGACGAAGCUUCGGGCUCACCAAAGUUGCAAAUUGAUGGAAAUGCUUCGGGUUCGGCGUCCCCGAGAUCUUCCCGAUCAGGUGGUUCACCGCAAGGAUCUCCACACUCUGGAGCAGGAUCAGCACGCUCCCGUUCGGGUACACCACGCUCCCGGAGUGGCACACCACGCAGUCGAAGUGGUUCCAGAAGUGGAUCAGCACGUUCUGGGAGUGUUACACCACGUUCUCGUAGCGGGACACCACGUUCACGUUCAGGCUCACCACGUUCACGAUCCGGCUCACCGCGAUCACGUAGUGGAUCACCACGUUCACGUUCAGGCUCACCACGUUCUCGUAGCGGAUCUCCCCAAUCUGGUGCAGGUUCUGCACGUUCACGAUCCCCCCAUUCGGGACCAGGGACACCACAUUCGGGAAAAACAUCCCCACGAUCUGGACGGAGUAGCCCAAAGUCCCGGAAAAGUAGCCCACAAUCGGGGAGAAGUAGCCCUAAAUCCGGGAGAAGUAGCCCUAAAUCUGGGAAGACUACACCAAGAUCGGGUAGUGCAAGUCCCGCAGUGAAACGCUCAAAAUCCAAAUCACCCCCACCAAAGGAUCAAGCGGGGGAUUCAGAUGAGGAGAGAAUUGUGAAGAAUAGAAAGAAGGCAUCGGCACUAAUUGACACGGAUAGUGAGGAGGAUGAACAGCCGACAAAGAGUGCAGAAGCCCCGGAAGUUUCAGCGACAAAACUCUUUGGAGAUGCCGAUGAUAUUAGUUCAGAUGAGGGGAGUAAAUCCGAGGCGGAAGAGAAACGUUCAGAGCGUGGGAAAUCCCCAACUCCGGAGAAUGAUGAACGAGAAUUCAUUCGAUCUGAGGAUGAGGGUGGACGUAGUGAUCGUGAUGAGGAGAAGGAAGCCCCACAGGAGCCUGAACCGGUGAAUGAGACGCGAAUUGACGUGGAGAUUCCACGAAUAAUGUCAGAUCUCGGCAGGGACAUUCACUUUGUCAUCUUGCCGAAUUUCUUGUCUGUCGAGACACGUCCCUUUGAUCCAGACACCUAUGAGGAUGAAAUUGACGAAGAGGAGACACUCGAUGAGGAGGGAAGGCAGAGGAUUAAGCUAAAAGUCAGUAAUACGAUCCGAUGGCAGGAAACAUUCGACAAGGAAGGGAAGCGCAAGCUGGAAUCCAAUGCGAGGGUGAUCAAGUGGUCAGACGGCAGUAUGAGCCUGCAUUUGGGCAAUGAAAUCUUCGAUGUGUACAAGCAACCACUACAGGGUGAUCACAAUCACUUGUUCAUCCGUCAAGGUACGGGGCUUCAGGGGCAGGCAGUUUUCCGCACGAAGCUCACCUUCCGCCCGCACUCGACGGAGUCUUUCACGCACAAGAAGAUGACCAUGUCACUGGCAGAUCGUCUCCAGAAGACGAGUGGUAUUAAGAUUCUCUCAGCAGUUGGCCCGGAUCCGGAUCAGGAUAGGCAGUACCAUUUGAAGAAGGAAGAGGAGAAGCUGCGACAGGCGAUGCGACAGAAAGCAGCCGGUGGCAGUGUUAAGCCCAAGAGGAGUCGGGAUUCGUCGAAUUUGAUGAGCACCUCGUACAGGGACCCAGAUGAGGGGUCUGAAGAUGAAGGAGGAAUCUCCAUUGCAGCCAUUAAGAAUAAAUAUAAAAAGGGAAAGGCGCCAUUGGAGAAAGCAGGAGGUGCGGGAAUUUAUUCAUCAGACGAAGACGAUUCAGAUUUUGAGGCACGUCCAAAGAAGAGUGGAAAGACCAAGGCAGCCCUCAAGGAUUCCGAUGAGAGUGAAUCGGAAAAUGGGGGGAAUGCAGCUGAUGAUAAAGAGGAGGAAGAUGACAAUGAGGAGGAGGAAGAUGGGAAGAAUGAUGACGAUGACGACGAUGAUUAAACUCCUUUUAUUCCCUUCUAUUAGAUUAACAAUAAAUAUUAGCACUGAAGCGCCCCCUUAACGGA